AGUUGAUAUUUUGAUUUUUACUUGGACAGUCGCGUCUCAAUAUAAAUUAUGAAAUAUUCUUUGUUCUUGAUAUCAUCGUUAGUAUGGAUGACAAGUAAUGUUGAAUGUGCAAAAACUGAUUCAACUUUUGAUCGAUCGAAAUGUGAACUUAAGUAUCUGAAAGAUGGAAACUUUCUGCCUGCUGAUAUUCCUUUUGUCGCUCCAACAACGUCAUGUGAUCUUUUGACUUCGGUUAUCGACACAACAAUGUCAAAAGUUCGCAGUGAUUAUGAAAAAUUGACUUUUGACGGAAAGUGUGUUGAAAAGGCAUUGAGAGAUAUCAAAGUACCAAAGUUUUGGUUCCUUAACAAUGCUUAUGCUGCGGCAAGUAAUAUCAAUAAAGCUGACAAAGCGAAGCACAUUGAAAGAGUGAGACAACAAGCAAUUGAAGAAUCAACAAAUGCUGUCUCGUCCUGCGUUGACACUCAAGCUUUUGAACAUUUGUUUAACCUUAUUUAUCCCGAAAAUAUUGCAGAUGAAGAAGACGCCAGACAAGAUUACUGUGUGAGAAAAUAUGUUUUGGACAAUAAUUUAGUCGAUAAAAGUUACAAGUUGAAACUUAACCCCAGAAGUCUUGAUACAUCGAAAAUUUCUUGCGAUCCCAUAAUCAAUGAAAGCCGAAUUCAGGCAGAAGAAUCUUUCUACAAAAAAAGAAGUUUCUCACAAGACAAGAUAAUUUGUAUUCGAGCAGCAUUCAAGAAAGGAAAAUAUUAUGACAACAUUGCAUUGGUUAUGGUGUUGGAGGGAUCAAGCAUAACGAACACACAAAAGGAAGCUGAACGUGCGAAAUUCAUUGCAGCGAUGGUUCAAUACACAAAAGACAAGGUCGCAUGUGUCGAUGAAUGAUAUUUCUGAAUUAUCGAGAUCUAUCAAUUUAUUAUUAUUUACAUUUCUUAUGUUGAAAAGCUUUUAUGAUGGAAAUGAGAAAAAUCUAAUAAUAAAAUCAGCUACUCAAAUUGAAGCUGUGUAGCAUUAAAUGUCGUAAGAUCUUUUUAGGAAAACA